AUGAGAUUAUUCACUUGCUAUUUCAACAGAUUCCUUCAUGGCCACCCUGCUUCAAACAUGCCUUUGGUCCUCUGUUUUGUCAGUGGUGGGGCCCUUGUUGCUUAUGCCGACUCACCAGCCCAGAAGAAGAAAAUGCCGGUUUUUUUCGCGCACGAUCAAAACGAGUCGAAUUUCAAGAAAAAAGUUGUAGUGCUCGGAACCGGAUGGGCUGCCACGAGCUUCUUGAAAGAUCUCAAUAUAUCGAACUACGAAGUUCAGGUGGUCUCGCCUAGAAAUUACUUUGCUUUCACCCCAUUGCUGCCAAGUGUCACUUGUGGGACAGUCGAAGCCCGGAGCAUUGUUGAGCCCGUUCGAAAUAUCAUUAAGAAGAGGAAUGGGGAGAUUAAGUUCUGGGAGGCCGAAUGCCUAAAAAUCGAUCACAUGGGCAAAAGGGUCUUUUGCCGGUCGAAUAUCGACGAAAAUUUAGCGGGAAACAAGGAAUUCUCGUUAGAAUACGACUAUUUGGUCAUCGCCAUUGGCUCUCAAGUGAAUACAUUCGACACGCCGGGUGUCUUGGAAAAUUGUCAUUUUCUGAAGGAAGUUGAGGAUGCUCAAAGGAUUCGUAGGACUGUAAUAGAUUGCUUCGAGAAAGCUGUCCUACCUGAGCUGACUGAAGAAGAACAAAAAACGAAUCUCCAUUUCGUCAUAGUCGGAGGAGGGCCCACGGGCGUGGAGUUUGCUGCCGAGCUUCACGAUUUUGUGUAUGAGGAUUUGGUCAAUAUUUAUCCUUCGGUAAAGGAUUUAGUGAGCAUAACAGUGAUACAAUCCGGUGAUCAUAUAUUGAAUACGUUUGAUGAAAGGAUUAGCUCGUUCGCCGAACAGAAGUUUCAGAGAGAUGGGAUCGAAGUUUUAACGGGACAUCGAGUCGUGAGUGUUUCGGACAGAAUGAUUAAAAUGAGAGCUAAGUCAACCGGAGAAGAUAUCUCUAUACCACACGGGAUGAUUGUUUGGUCGACCGGUGUUAGCACUCGGCCAGUCGUGAAGAACUUCAUGGACCAAAUUGGCCAGGAAAAAAGGCGUGUUCUUGCGACCGAUGAAUGGCUGAGGGUAAAGGGAUGUGAAGAAGUAUAUGCUUUGGGUGAUUGUGCCACUGUGGAUCAGAAAAAGAUUGUGGAAGAUAUAGCGGAAAUAUUUAAAGUCGCAGACAAGGACAACUCGGGUACUUUGACGAUUGACGAGUUUGAGGAUGUUAUCGACGACAUUGUAAUCCGUUACCCGCAAGUCGAGCUUUACUUGAAGAGCAAGCAUCUAAUGGAAGUGAGCGACUUGCUAAGGGGUAGAUAUGUAAAUAACCGAGAAGAAGUCGACAUUGAAGGUUUCAAGUUGGCACUAUCAUUGGUCGAUAAACAGACAAAGAGCCUUCCUGCAACUGCUCAAGUUGCUGCUCAACAAGGAGCAUAUCUUUCGAGUUGCUUCAACAAAAUGGAAAAGUGUAAAAGGAAUCCAGAGGGCCCUAGAAAGUUUAGAAGUGGGGGCCGACACGAAUUUCGCCCUUUCCAGUACCGACAUUUAGGCCAAUUUGCUCCUCUCGGUGGGGAGCAAGCAGCAGCCGAGCUUCCCGGAGAUUGGGUUUCGUUUGGCCGGAGUACACAGUGGCUAUGGUAUUCGGUAUAUGCAAGUAAGCAAGUUAGCUGGCGCACGAGGUUUCUAGUGAUUGGUGAUUGGUUGAGAAGGUUUAUCUUCGGGAGAGAUUCUAGUCGCAUCUGA